UUUAGUAACAAUAAAUUUAUUUCCGAUAAUUUUCAACAACGGCGAUUCGAUCUUAAUGCGCACGCUUAAAAAUUUGUCCGGUCUCUCUCGUGUUUGCUUUCUAACUCCUUGCUGCUAAUUGCGCCAAACUCGACCUUCUUUGACCCUUUCGCUAAGGUUUGCGACCUUAGCAUGAAGCGCUAGUCAUCUCGCUCUUAUCACUGCCUAAUCUCCUGAUCGUACGCUAGCGCCAAUCUGCGCUUGGUGGUGGAAUCGCUCCGGUUAAUCCGUUCGCUUCAAUCCGUUCGCUGACAGGUGUUUGUUUACAUCAUACCGCGUGCCAAAACGUGUCAACACAUCUAAAAUCCAAUAUCGCGCAGAAUGGUUUGAAACGCCAGUGAUUUGUGAUUUCCGCACAUUCCCUAUCGUGGCGCCGAAGGUUCUGCGUGUUUUGAGUUUUCGUCGUUCGCUCCACAAUCGAUUUAAAUGUUGUCAAACGAUCACAGAUCCCAAGACGGGCUACAAAAAAAACAAUCUCAUCGGCAAUGUUAAGCAAACACAGAAGAUACAUCGAUACGGGUUGGCACAUGUGGGAAAAGCGCAUGGCACACACUCACUCACUAAGCAGUCCGAAGGGCCGGCCAAGCAAUAAGGGCGAGCUGUAUGUGUGUGUCUUUCUCUUGCCACAUCAGGGCGAAGAGGCGAAUUGUACUUCCACUGUCUUUACAGUUAUUUAUGCGAUGGCAAACAUCUCAUAAUUAGCGGUUGGCGGCACCCAUUUCCAUCCCGGUAGAUGAUGAGCGGGAACGGUGGGCAGAAACGGUAGAGCAGCCCGAGCUAUGAGAAUCGCCGUGUUCUGUGCUCUCUUUCGGUCACCUUGUAUGCACUGUGUAUUCUAAAGCAUUAUACAUUUUCACUUAAGCCGACGGGGGUCGUAGGCCCCUCAUGCCGGACGGAUGAGUUUUCGAAAAAUGUAUAUUCUUGUCUAUGCUCCCCCGCCCGCCCGUUAGUCAAGCUGCUCCUUUUUUUCUCCAGCGAAUGAUUCGAUCCGAUCGAUCCGAAUCGUGCCGCGUCUUGACCCGAAGACGAUCCGUGGGGUGAUGAGGGGACAGUGUAAUAAUCAUCAUCAUUGCACCUACCCACCCACCCUCGUAUGGAAUGGAUGGGUGACGUUGGUAGGCGGCGUUCUAAUAUCACAUUCUGCCACAAGGGGCCAAAUCGCAGGCGCCGGCACCCUUAGCAACCGUCGCGCCGCGUGAACUCCACACGUUACCAUGUGAACUGCCGCCGUUGCCGGUGCUGCUGCUGCUACUUCGAUGUUCGUUAUUUGUUUUUCACCGCUCAACAGCGCUUGGGAUGCUUUCCAUCCGUUCUGCUGCCCUUUGCUUCAGCUCAGUGCACACACACACACCGGGGGCGGAAAAAACACACAACUGCUAACGUCACGCGCUUCAUCGCAACGCACCGGACAUUGCUUUUCUGCUGCUGCCGUCGCCGCCGCCCCCCGGGGAAGAUAGUGUUUGCCAGCGGUUCCGGCAGUUCCGGCCGAAGUUCCAGCCUGUGUGUGUGUGUGUGUCGGGGAAGGGGUGAAAGUGACGAGAACGCAGGUCGGCGAAUAACCUCCAACAAACAGGGCGCGCCCACCCACCCGUACAGCAAUAUCAAUUACAAACGAGCCGCCCUCCCGAGGAUGGGUGGUGAAGAGGGCGAAUCAUUCUCGGUGGCGGGCACGAGCGCUUCCGGCGGUACGCUGUCCAUCUCGGUGCCGGGCGGUGGCAGCAGCAGUACUGGUGGCGGUGGUCCCGGUGCCCGUACGACCGGCCGAAAGGAUGUGACCGUCAAGUUCCAUCUCAUGAAAGCACAAGUGGUUGCCCACGCCUACCCGCGCCAGCACACGCUGGAGGAGGUGAAGGAGCACAUUGCGUGCAAGUUUCAGGUGAAAUCGAAAUUCCUGGUGCUGCGCCAGGCGGGCGCGGAGCUGCCCGGCCACCGGCGGCUGGAGGAGCUGUGCGUCAGCGAGUACAACGUGUGCGAUCUGGAGCUGCUGCUGUCCGAGCUCGCCCGGGACGAGAAUGUGCAGCUCAACCUGAAGCUGUACUACCGCAAUCUCACCCUGCCCGACAUCAUAACGGUGCGCAUUGCCGGCGAGGACGGCAAACCGAGCCGCGACGUGGUGGUGGAAAUUGAGAACCAAGUCAUCACCAAACCCUUCGUCGGGGGCUACAUCAACAAGCAAAACAACGUUGAGUACCAUCACGCCUUCACGCAGACGGGCCCACCGGCGGAUCGGUUAGCUCGGCCCGGGACCAAAUUUAGCCGCGACACGCAAACCAUAUGCGAACGGACGACCACCACCACCAUCCCGCGCUGCCAGGCGGUGCAGCAUUCGGGGCUGGCGGUGGCCGAACGCAAAGUGCCCGACGGACCGUGCCGCCAGCCGCUGCCGUACGAAACGGCGCAGGAGCUCGAGCGGCGCAAAGACGUCGCCGGCAAGGUGCUGCUGAUACAGCGCAACUUCCGGCGUGUGCUGUGGCAGCGGCUCGUUAAAAAGAGUGCCGCCGAAUGGAGAGCGUUGCAGCAACGGCAGCAGGCAAAUGAAGCCGGUGCACAGGAAUCGAAAACCCUCGCGCACAACAAAACGGCCGUCUCCCGGGCGUACCCCAAAACGAACGAAGAGUUCGACGCACUGUUCGCUCAGAUUCACUGCUGGAAGGAGAACGAGAUGAAGCUGAUCCGCGAAAAGUACUCCGGGGCGCCCAAAAUAGCAGAGAUGAACAUACUGCUCGACAAAGAAAUUCAGCUGCUGAACGGCGUCGAGCGGCAGCGGCGCGCCAUCCGCCGGGAGCAGCUGGAGGAGGUCGUCGAGCGGCAGCUGGUGAAAAUCAGUGAACCGAAGCGUUGGGUCGGCUACAACAAUCGCGUUAUCGAGAUGGAAACACCGCAAACGCAACGGGCCCGCUUUCUGCUGGUGUACUAUCGCCGGUUAAAAAUGGCCCUACCGCCAAGUGCCGGUGGCGAUCCGCAAGAGCACAUGGCACUGCUGGACGAACUGGCUGAUGUAAUUGUGCAGGAGAACCAUCCCGCCACGGAAGAGCUGGAAAACUUGCUGCAACGGGAACGCAAACUGCUACUCUGUCAUCUGCGCACGGAAGAUUUGUCGAUUCUGCGGAAGCGGCAGCUAACCCUACUAGCCGAUAUUAUACGCACCGAUCCGGAAAAGGCACGCGAAAGGCCGGUUACGAAACUGUGCCGCAAAUGCAAAAAACUUCGCCCGGCAAACGCAUUCACCGUGCACACACGCCAACGAUCGGCUGACGUUUGUGGCCAGUGCACGUCACUGCUCGGAUCGACCGUUGAUAUUGCCGUCUAUCGCUCGAUCCUGCGUGCAAUAAGGCGCGACGAGCGGAAGCGCGGCUCGCUCGCGUCCUACGCGUUCAUCAUACAGGAGAACGACAUCAAGCACAUAGUGGAAAACAUUUGGCACGGCCAUUCGGUCAUCUCGAACGAUACGGAUCGGGCCGACCUGAUGCUGCCGCGCUGGAAUGUCGCCCAGGACUGGUCGCCGUGGAACUGCAUCUGCCUGACCGAGCAGGAAACGCGGGCCCACCUGAAGCUGCAGCGGCUGGACCGCUUCUAUCAGCCGAGCGUGCUGAAGGAAAUACAAAGCAAGCACGCACUGGCCCGGUCCGUGUUCGGGCAGCUGCGCGAGAUCGACCAGGAGUUUACCGAGUCCGGCGACUGGUGGCAGGUCGGGCUGGACGAGAAGCUGGUGUAA